AUGGCGCACAAAUACCCAUCGAGCAGAGCGACAUCGCUCAGCGUCGACCGCUUCAGCAGCGCCAGCGAUCGUCGUCAUUCCUCCUCAUCGUCCACGCACCACCAGCGUCCACAGAUCAACGAGCGUCCCAUCACUCUAUGGACCCACGAUCCACCCAACUUUUCGCGCAACGAAGUCGUGCUCAAUCCAGAGUACUCGCUGCCAAGACUCGCCGAGUCCGACCUCCUCCAGCUCACUCUGCCACCUGGCUCACAAUUGCCUCACAACAACAUCCCCUUCGGUCCCAAAGAUCGUGCCCGCAAGUUUUCCAACAAGGCCACAGGCCGUCCUAUCACGUGUGCCUAA